AUGCUAUCAACACCAACACCCUCCCGUAGGAGACAGAGGCAAGCAUGCCAGGAGUGCCGACGACGUAAGCUACGAUGUGACGGCAGGCAGCCGCGGUGUUCCAGCUGCGAGAAUAUCGACACACAAUGCGACGUCGACCCAAAUCGUAAGCCGCGGGGACCUAAGAAGGGCUAUCUCAUAGCUUUGCAAAACAAGAUUGAAACUCUCGAAGACCGUCUUCGCCAACAGGAACAGCACCAUCUCAAGUGGCCGGAUAAUUUAGAGUAUGGCGACGAGAUGCUCGACACAAUCGCAUCACAUACAACUGCGACUCUUGCCGGCCUAGAAGACGCCAGGCUACCUACAGAUACAGAUCUUCUUACAAUGAGGUCAACUCCUCUGGUAUCAGAGUCAGACGCCUCUCUCAGUUCCUACUUUGAUGUCAAUAUGGUGUCCACGACAAUGGCCCUGUUGCAGGAUCAUACGCCCACAACAUCUCUAUCGGAAUACAUUAGCAAUAGUCUACAUAUUACCGAUCCCAUGAAAACUGAGCUUGACCAAUUAUACUUCGACAGAAUACACGCCGCCGUUCCCAUAUUGCAUCAACGUAGGUAUCUUUCGUGGUCAAAACUACCUGACAAGACGAGGUCGCGCACUUGUCUUCAACAUGCCGUUUGGGCAACAGCCUCACUCAUGUCACCACAGUUUCAACACUUGCAAGACAAACUCUACUCGGAAGUAAAGCGGCUUCUUGCUACUACAACCCUCGUACAAAUACCUGGUGGACAGGGUUCUGUAGGUGAUGUCGAACUUGUGCAAGCAUGGGUCCUGAGGACCACCUAUGAGUUUAUCAAGAUGAAUCGCUAUGAAACGAGCCUCAGUGCGGCGUACACGUUUCGACUAGCCCAGCUAAUUGGGCUGCAUAAAGUUGACGUUCUAAAUAAUCUCCCUUCUAAUUGCGAAAUUGAUUUCAUCACAACGGAGGAAAAGCGUCGUGCGUUUUGGAUGGCUUUUAUCCUUGAAACUCUCUCCAGCAUACACAGCAACCUACCUCUGGUAGUGAAUGAGCAUAUGAUUUGUACACGUCUUCCCGUACCGGAUCAUGAGUUUCAGAAUGGCCAGCCAGUCUGCAUCGGCUUCUUGCACGAGCUACUCUCCAAACGGAGCCAGACAGUCAAAUCGCCACUCAAUGAAUGCAUCAUGCUUGCUGCACUGUGUGCGCGGAUAUCAUUUCACGCACAGCAACAUAAUAAGUACCUUUUACACAACCAGGCAGACUAUGACUCGCUCGAAUGGCGAAAACCGUUGUACAAUGCUCUGGCCCUGCGGCUGCAGACCUUGGAGGAGGACUAUCCUAGUCAAAAGCACUCUUCGGACCCGGCGCUGCUAUUUGCCAAUUUCCUGGCUCAAGCGUCAAUACUCUAUCUAUGGGGAAAUGCUCAGUCUUUAGAGUGGCAAAAUGGAAGCCCCAGCCGCUCAAACUCACUGAACACCGAAUUCCAGCAACUAGCGUUUAGUGCGGCGCAGCGUAUCGUAGAGCUUGCUCGUUCACUCUUAGACUUUCCCUUAUCCAAGAUCCACCCCUUUACACCGAUUCCACUCUGCCUUGGCGUCAAAUUCUUAUCUGCGAACAGCUUGGAUUCCAUUGCCGCACCUCUACAACAGGAGUUACUGGACGUGAUACGUCGAUUGAGCAGUGCUAGUAACGUGCAGCAAAGUUACAUAGACAUUUCAGAUAUAUACCAAGACCCAGUUUGA